CGGCGAUAAUUUUCCCAGGCUAACGAGCAGCGAGCGGGCAGUUUGACGGCCGAUACGCCGCGGGACGAGGCCCUUUCUCCUGCCGCUGUGCUUGCACUAUUGACCCGAUAAAGUUUCUUACUCAGGGGAAGUGGGUAAUUCCACCCCUGUCGCCGUUACCAUGGCGCCGUCGAACAAAAAGGCCAAGGGAGACGUCAAGAAGGAAGGCCGACUCUAUCAGAUCCUGCUGAGUCCCAAGGUUCAAACGCUAAUCAUCGCGGUGCCGGGUGUGGGAACACCGCCGCCUGAUGAAUGGCUGAGUGAGCAGACCAGCGCGGGGGAGCGGAGGCUCUGGUUCGAAUCAAUCCCAGGCGGCGUGGCCCCCGGCAUCGGUGUCUACGGAUACCAUCACGGGAUCGAUGCGUCGGGACUGUCGUGGCACGACCUGCUGGAGCACGGGGGGCGGUUCGUGACUGCGCUGCAACAAAUCAUCGAGGAGUUGAACUUGGGACACUGCCCGGUCCUUAUUGUCUGCCAUAGCCUCGGGGGGCUCAUCGUCAAGGAGGCGCUCCGGCUAGCCUACGAGCAGAACUACCGUAAUCUUCUGCGAGCGCUUGCUGGGGUUAUUCUUUUGGGAACGCCCCACUCUGGCACCGAGAGCAGGGACAAGUGGCAGAAUGCCACCGUGAUGCUGUCUAAGAAGAGCAAACGGCUGAGCUCAGAUGACCUCACAAGGCUCUCGAAGAGCUCUCUGUUAUUCGAGCAGGCCGCUGUGACGGUGCCGAUUCUCUCCGUCUACGAAACCAAGGAGACCAAGGUUAAAAGCAGGCUCUGGAUCACUAAGAAGACCCUAAUAAUGGACGAGGCGUUUGUGAAAACAAACUCGAGCUACGAAGAGAUGCUCGGCAUCGCCGCGGACCACAACACUCUGUGCCACGUUGACACGAGCGCCAAACACUUCGGCAAGAUCAGCACCUUCAUCAGCACUUCUCUUGAGGAUGCCCGCUUGAAAAUCGUCAAAGGCUCUCCGAUAUUCGAUGCCCCCUCGAGUUUUGGAGACUUCAGUGACUUUACACCCGAAACAGCAGCAAGCAAAUCACAAGGAGAGACAGGAGGUAGCCCGAACCGUAGGUCUACGGAAUCGAGGUCUCCGAUCAGCAGGAACACGCGCCGGGCCACCGCUGCCACGUCGGACAUGGGAUUUGAGAUCGUUCCCCGUCUCUCGGCGCACCCUUCGUUCCCGGUCAGACGGAUAUCGGGAUCACGCUUCCCGCUCCACCUCGUACCCGUGGUUCGCAACCGGGAGUUUUUCGGGCGGCAAAAUGAGUUGGCGGCCAUUGAAAAGUUUUUUUUUGACGAAGACGAAAACAGGGACUCCCCCGGCAAUGCACUGGUCCGAACGUUUGCCAUCUGCGGGCCGGGCGGCAUGGGAAAGACCCAAGUGGCGGGCGAGUUUGUCCACACCCGGAAGGACCGCUUUGACAUGAUCUUUUGGGUUCACGCGGAUUCCUCGGCGAGGCUUCACGACGAGUUUAGCCGCCUGGCGGUGAAACUUGGCCUGGUCGCUAGAGACUCGACCGAUGCGCGCGACCAGAUCAUCACCCGCGACCUCGUCAAGGGAUGGUUGGCGGACCCUGUCAAGGACCGGGGUGCUACGGCCGCCUUCUGGCUCCUUGUGUUUGACAACGUCGACGACAUGGAUGUGCUGGAGGGUUUCUGGCCCCUGGACGGCCCCGGCUGUGUUUUGUUCACGAGCAGGGACCCCCUGGCCAUGAAGUCCACGUAUCUGGCUGACACAGGCAUCGACCUCCAGCCUUUUAGUGCCAGAGAGUCAUCUUCGUUCCUUGAGAAGCUCACACUCAAGAAAGGAGACAGCAGCGCGGUCCACGCUCGUCUUGGCGGUCUCCCGCUGGCGAUGACGCAGAUGGCAAGUGUUAUAAUACGCCGUGAUCUAUCCUACUCAGAGUUCGCUCAGUCCUACGACGAGCUCACAAAGCGCGAGGAGCUCUUCCAGUCGCAGUAUAGCAAGCCGGGAAGGAAGGGUCACGAGAAAUCCAUCUGGACCGUCUGGGCUUUGGAAAGUCUCAAGCACGGGAGAUCACUUCUCGAGGUGCUUUCGAUGCUCGAUCCGGAUGGCAUCCUGGAAGACCUACUCACCAAUGAGGCCGCGAAACCUGUGCAGCUGAAGACAUUCCCAAAGACGCCGACUGAGUACCAGAAGGCAAGGACAGAGCUUCUGCAGUCGUCGCUUAUCAGCAAAGACAACUCUUCCAAGCGGAUUGUCAUCCAUCGGUUGAUACAGGAUACGGCACGGGCAAAGAUGACCACGGCACAGUUCAACGAGACCUUUGACGCCUGUCUCCAUCUAGUCUCCUCAAUGUGGCCGUAUGAGAAGUUUGGGUGGCGCCACGGAGUUGCUCGGUGGGCAAGAUGCGAGGAGCUAUUCCCCCAUGUCGUGACACUUCGAAGACUUGCGGAUCAAAUACAGACCCUUGAUGGACAUGGCGGCGAUUUGAAGAAUCGCCUCAGGCUUCCGAAACUUUUGAUCGACGCGGGGUGGUACUAUCACGAGACGGGACACUCUACCGAAUCCGAGCCGUACUUUGACUUCUCCAUCAAGAUAUGCCGGUCCAUAUUGGCGCAGCUAAAGAACAGUACCCCCACACAGAGUGGCGUAACAAACGGAUUCAUCGAAGCCGACCUGAAAUCCAUGAUGGCCGAGGUGCACCACAACCUCGGCUGCAUCGGCACCGAGACAAACCGGCCGGAGUUCACCCUACACCACUUCCAGCUAUACAACGACAUGAUGAUCAGGGAAAGUGGCAGCCACACGCGAGGGAGAGACAGCCGACUGCACAUUUCGUGGAACGAACUGGGCAAUGCGUUUAUGAUGAACCGGCGCUGGGCAGAUGGCGAGCGGUGCUUCACAACCUCGAUAGAGUCGGCAAAGUUGCAGCCUGACUACAAGCCCACGGACGCCUCGUUUCCACAUGUCAACCUCGGAUUGGCGUACUGGCUGAUGGGGAGACACGACGCCGCCAUGGCGCAGCUCAAAGCUGGUCUAUGUCACCGGGAACAGGCGUUUGGGGUCAAUGACAGCCAAUCAUUCAUAACUGGAAGGUUCCUCCACGCAAUAGGGAACGUCAAAGCAUCUUUAGGCCUUUAUGGCGAAAGCUUUGUCUUCCACUCACGAGCCCUGGCGCAGUACCAGAAAACGAUUGGCAAGAACCACCACCGGACUGGAGAUGUCCACGUAAAAAUGGCUGAGCAUUUUAUCCGAGACAAGAAGUUUCCGGCAGCCAGCGAGCACAUAUGCGAGGCCCUGCGCAUCUUCGGAGACCGCCCGGCCUAUAGGCACGAGAAGAUGCGAGCCCUCUUCAAAGCGGCAGCAAUGUACUCGGGCCAAGGGAAGGAGACCGAGGCUGUGCAGGCGCGCGACCGGUGUGCGGCGUUGUAUGGAGAGUUGUAUCCUGGCAGCGGCAAGGCAGCCGCAGAUCUUACGGAUGCCGACGUGGAUGACGCGGUCGCAUUCUGGUCCAGGUAGCAGCAGCUUUGGAGCCGGGCGGGCUGAGAGAUGGGCGCGGAGUUGGGCGCUGAGGGCGGCUGAGAUUGGUGUGAUGAUGCAAGACCACGGCUCCAAAGCCCCAGGCCGCAUGUGGCGUUGGUGACUCUUGGUGAUAAGCAGCGAAUCCCAAGACCUGCUCGACGUCUCCCGCUCAGCCCCGGGCGCGCAAAAAGACCUGAAUGCCGUGCGCGGAAAUGCCAAGUAUGUGCCCCUCAUCCUCUUCGAGGCAGGCAACGCCCGUCUGGUCGAGGCUGCAAAUGCGACCCAUGGGCGCACCCUCCAGACGCCGCCUGAAUCUUCGAGCUGGGCUGCCACCCACACAAAGACCCGAGUGGUGUGAGUCCGCCAACAAGGUUGGGCGCCCGCCCGCCCCGGCGGUUCGUGUUGGUUCUGCGAGAAUAAUAAACACCCCAUGCAAUACAACCCUCCCCG